AUGAUAUUACAUCAUGGUGCACCGAAAACAAUGUCUAAUGAAUUAGCUCUACCUGACUUAUCAUUAAAACGUACCUCAUCUCGAUCAACAACAACAAAAGCCUUGAAUACUAUUAAAUCAAUUAAUGCACAACGUGCAAAAUUGCUUAAAGAGUUUGGCUCUUCAGGAUUAGUUGUAUUAGAUCUAGUACAAUAUGUUCCUGUUGGGUCUGCAAUAUUUAUCGAUAAUUAUUUUGCAUCAACUAAAUUAAUAAAAAAAUUAACUCAACUUGGUUAUAGAAUCACCUGCACGUUACGAUCGAAUCGAACAGAAAAAUGUCCAAUAUCAACAGAAGAACAAUUUGCUCAAAAGAAGAGAGGUUAUUAUGAAUCUGUCAUAUCAGAUGACAAAACAUGCAUUGUAGUCGGAUGGAAAGAUUCAAAAAGAGUAUUAUUAGGUUCUAAUUAUAUAGGUAUAGAACCACAAACAAUAUUAAAACGUUGGGAUAAAGAAAAACAGCGUCGAGUUGAUAUUAUAGCACCUCAAAUUAUUAAUAACUACAACAAAUUCAUGGGAGGGGUCGACAACAUGGACAUGCUAAUAGCUUUACACCCCAUCCCAUUCAAAUCCAAACGUUGGUAUUCCAGAAUUAUAUGGAGAAUUUUAGAUGUAAUGAUUAUUAAUGUAAGUAAAGUUAGCAGCAGAUUCGAGUAUUUCCCCCUAAUAUUCGCAACAACAUCUCUGCCAGAUUAAAUAUUGGUUGUGCCAGGUAGCCCAUCGAAUAUACUAUAGAAUGCCAUAGGUUCAACACCUUUUCACUACAUCGUUUACCAGCAAAAUAAAAAAAAAUGAUAAAAAAACGCUUUUUUUACUGCGAAUAUCAGUAUUUCCACCAAAUAUUCGCUCCUCAUCUUGUGCCAUUCACGAAAUCACUUGUGCCAGAUACAAUUCGAUGAGAUCUAUCGAUUGGUACCCAUUACGCGACAAUCCAAGCCAACAUACAGGGGCCAAGUGAUCAGCACCUCGGAAACCAACUUACGCCACCCUUAAUCCGGGCAAAUAUUCGAUUACAUGGUUGUGCCACUCGUAAAAUCAACUGUGCCAAAUAGAACUCGAUGAGAUCUAUCGAUUGAUGCCAAAUAAGCGAUGAUCCAAAUCAAGAUGCAGGGUCCAAGUGGUCAGUACCUAUGAGAACCAGGUCUCGGGACCGGUAAUUCGAGCAAAUAUUCGCUUAGAUGGUUGUGCCACUGGUGAAAUCACCUGCGUCCUAUAGCACUCGAUGAGAUCUAUCGAUUGGUAUCCAUUACGCGAUGAUCCAAGUCAACACACAGGGAUAAAAUGGUUAGUACCGAUGAGAACCAGCUCUCGAGACCUUUAAUCCGAGCAAAUAUUGGCUUAGAUAGUUGUGCCACUCGUAAAAUCAACUGUGUCAGAUAGUAUUCGAUGAUAUCUAUCGAUUGAUGCCAUAUAAGCGAUGGUCCAAGUCAAUGUACAGGGCCCCAGCGGUCAAUACCUACAAGAACCAGAUCUGAGGUCCGUUAAUCCCAUCAAAUGUUUGCUUAGAUAGUUGUGCCACUGGUGAAAUCACUUGUGCCAGAUAGAGAUCGAUGAGAUAUGUCGAUUGGUACCAAUUACGCGAUGAUCCAAGUCAACAUACAGGAACCAAGUGGUUAGUACUUGUAACAACAAGGUCCCGGGACCGGUAAUUCGAGCAAAUAUUCGCUUAGAUGGUUGUGCCACUGGUGAAAUCAACUGUGCCAGAUAGUAUUCAAUGAGAUCUAUCGAUUGAUGCCAAAUAAGCGAUGAUCCAAAUCAAGAUGCAGCGUCCAAGUGGUCAGUACCUAUGAGAAC